AAGAAAGAGAGGACAAGGGAGGGUUGUUAGAGAGAUUCGUUUCGUUGGUGGAAGUGAAUGGUAGAAGCAUUGGAUUGGCGAGCAGAGCAUAAUCGUCUUCUCAGUCUUUGGAAGCAAUGAUUGUGGUAUGUAAGUAAUAGCAACUACUCAAUGGCUUUUGUCAUUGUUGCUGUGUAAAUGGAAGCAGUUAUUAUUGCACGAUUUUUCCAAGUAUAUCAGAUAUUUGCUGGAGAUUAAUGGUAAAGGACUCAAUGGUAAACCCAAAAGUGUCGAGUCGACCAAAAAUAUGCUACAGACCUAUACGACCUUCUGACCUUGACAUUUUAGAGCAUAUCCAUGGCAGACUAUUUCCCAUCAGGUAUGAAUCUACUUUUUUCCAAGAUGUGGUACAUGGACGAGACAUUGUGUCAUGGGGAGCUGUUGACCGCAGUCGGCCAGAUGGUCAAAGUGAUGAACUCAUUGGAUUUGUAACAGCACGGAUUGUUCUUGCAAAGGAAAGCGAGAUAGUGGAUAUGCUUGGAUGUGACUCAGCUAAAUCUGACCAAACUUUAGUCUAUGUACUGACGUUGGGAGUAGUGGAAGCAUAUAGAAGUCUUGGAAUAGCUUCUUCUCUGAUACGGGAGGUCAUAAAAUAUGCUUCAAGUAUUCCAACCUGCCGAGCUGUCUACUUGCAUGUAAUUUCUUACAAUAACCCGGCAAUAAAUUUAUACAAGAAAAUGUCUUUCAAGUGUAUAAGAAGGUUGCAGGGAUUUUAUUUAAUCAAUGGCCAACAUUAUGAUUCAUUCCUAUUCUUGUACUAUGUAAAUGGGGGACGAUCUCCUUGCUCACCAUUAGAGUUUCUUGCUGCUAUAGUAAGCUACAUGAGGAGUGGCUUUACAUCGGUGGCUGCAAGACUGUGUAAGAACGGAAGCAGGAAGAUCUCAAGGCGGGCAAAGUGUAAAGAAAGUCAUUCUCUUGUGUCAGCAACACCCAACAAAAGAAACUUGACAGUCGAGUGUACUGGUUAUGAGUGUGUUUAAACUCUUAUUUUUUUACUUUUCCGUUUAUUGAAUCAUCCAACCUCACUAUUGUUUCCGCUAGAAAGGUCAUAUUGAAGCCAUAUUGAAGCCAAAAGUAAUAUUUACUUACUGUAACUAUCAUGUCAUAAUAAAUUUCCACGAUCCAGUCUUAGUAGGUGAUAUUAAUAAUAUUUAGUAUGUGGGAUCA